GAAUAAGCAUCAUUCAGUGUUCAUCAUUUGGAGUGUGAUUACCGCAAGGAACUUAUUAGGAGCUACGGUUGACUUAUAACUGAACUUGAAAGAUGGCUCGUACAAAACAAACUGCCCGCAAGUCUACUGGUGGAAAGGCUCCACGCAAACAGCUGGCCACAAAGGCAGCCCGCAAAAGCGCACCAUCUACCGGCGGUGUGAAGAAACCACAUCGCUACCGUCCAGGAACAGUUGCCCUGCGUGAGAUCCGUCGCUACCAGAAAUCGACCGAGCUUCUGAUUCGGAAGCUUCCCUUCCAACGAUUGGUCCGUGAGAUUGCCCAGGACUUCAAGACCGAUCUGCGCUUCCAGAGUGCCGCCAUUGCCGCACUGCAGGAAGCGAGUGAAGCCUAUCUGGUGGGCUUGUUCGAGGAUACGAAUCUCUGUGCGAUUCACGCCAAACGCGUAACCAUCAUGCCGAAGGAUAUCCAACUGGCUCGUCGCAUUCGCGGUGAAAGAGCGUAAAUGUGAAGAGCGCAUAUA